AAGCUACUACACCGAAUCUCCCGUCUAUUACACUACGACUUACUCCGCUCCCGAGUACUACACCACCAAGGCCCCCGAGUACUACACCACCAAGGCCCCCGAGUACUACACCACCAAGGCCCCCGAGUACUACACUACAACGUAUUAUGCUCCCAGCUACUAUACCGAGGCACCCAAGUAUUACUCAGCCCCAAUUUACUACCAAACUGAAGCCCCCAAAUACUACACCACAAAAGCGCCAGAGUACUACACUACCACCUACGCUGCUCCCAGUUACUACACUACCACUUACGCUGCUCCCAGUUACUACACUACCACUUACGCUGCUCCCAGUUACUACACUACCACUUACGCUGCUCCCAGUUACUACACCGACGCUCCAGCCUACUACCCAACAUAUGCAACCCCAUCUUACUACACUGAGCCACCAAAGUACUAUUAAUUGUUAAGAUUGUGUUGUCCAUCUAGCUCGAUGAAGUGUCAAUUGGAUUUUGUUUAUUCAUUGGCAGUCCUCGUUCCAAAUUAAGUAUUUCCUUGAUAUAUAUUUAUGCAUUCACUAGUCGUUCCAUACCAUUGUGGUUACUCAAUGAAAUGAUGAAUACAAAUGUAUAUCGUUACCUAA